UGUGGAGUAAGAGUACAAUAUUACAAAUCAAAAAUGAAAUUCUUGAUCGUUGCUGUUGCCUUUCUGGCCUGCGCCAGUGCCGAUGUCUCUCAUCUGUCGGGCUACAACUACCAGGCACCCGCCCCCGCUCCAGUCUUCCACUCAGCACCUGCUCCCGUCCAUUAUGAGGCUCCCGCUCCGGUUCACAUUGAGGCUCCCGCUCCAGUUCACAUUGAGGCUCCAGUGAACUCCUACAUCCCACCCGCACCAGUGUCGAUCCCUGCUCCUGCUCCAGUUCACAUUGAAGCCCCCGCUCCAGUGUAUCACUCUGCCCCCGCUCCAGCUCCAGUGUACCACUCUGCUCCCGCUCCAGCUCCAGUUUAUCACUCUGCUCCCGCUCCAGUUCACCACUCUGCUCCAGCUCCAGUCCACUAUGAGGCUCCUGCUCCAGCUCCAGUCUACCACUCCGCCCCUGCUCCCGCUCCAGUCUACCACUCCGCCCCUGCUCCCGCUCCAGUUCACAUUGAGGCUCCAGUGAACUCCUACAUCCCACCUGCACCAGUCUCAAUCCCAGCUCCCGCUCCAGUUCACAUUGAAGCCCCAGCUCCAGUGUACCAUUCUGCCCCCGCUCCAGCACCAGUGUACCACUCUGCUCCUGCCCCCGCUCCAGUGUACCACUCUGCACCCGCUCCAGCUCCCGUCUACCAGCCACAUCAGGCGAUCGAGGAGAUCGAGCAGCCCUCUGUCGAUGGUUACCGUUACAAGACCGUGCGUCGUCGCGUCUACCGUCGCAACCGUCUGUGUAUCCAAAUCAUAUUAGCAGCUGAAACGUUCCAAAAACUUCUUGUUGUCGCCUUCGCCCUUUUGGCCGUUGCCCACGCCGAUGUCUCGCAUCUGUCGGGUUACAACUACGCCCCAGUGGUCCAUCAUCCAGCUCCAGCUCCUGCUCCUGCUCCUGUGCCCGUGAAGGCAGCUCCUGUGCCACAGCCCAUCAACUCGUACAUUCCCCCCGCACCUGUGGAUGUGCCCGCACCGGCUCCCGUCCACAUUGAGGCACCUGCUCCAGCUCCCGUCCACAUUGAGGCUCCUGCCCCAGCUCCCGUCCGCGUUGCCCCCGCACCUGCUCCAGUCAACCAGUACAUCCCACCCGCAGCCCCUGCACCCGUCCACGUUGAGGUUCCCGCCCCAGCUCCAGUCCGCGCUGCCCCCGCACCUGCUCCAGUCAACCAGUACAUCCCACCUGCAGUCCACGCUCCCGCUCCCGCUCCCGUUCACAUUGAGGCUCCCGUCAGGGCUGCCCCAGCUCCAGUCUUGGCUCCCCAGUCCGUUCUGGAGGAAAUCGAGCCCAUCUCUGCCGAUGGCUACCGUUACAAGACCCAGCGUCGUCGUGUGCUCCGUCGCCGUCUGUAAAGUGUUUCAUGCCUUCCAUUUUUUGGCGAUGACAAGAAGCUAAUUCAAUAAAAAAUUAUUAAGUUUGUGUAAAAGAA